CACACACACACACACACACACACACACACACACACACGUCCUCUUCUGUAUUUCCUCAUUGCACAUGCUCAAUGUGCUACUAGUUCAGACGUACACAAGACUGACAGACUGACUGACAGACAGACGGACGGAGAGAAGGAACAAACGAGAGAAGAGAGAGAGGAGAGGAACCACACGUUUACCAGUUCUCUGAAACUUGACUUCUAAACAGGUGAAACAAUGUCUCCAUCAGAGAACUAGAACGUCAUUCUAUUCUCGUUCUGGGUUCUACAGUACAGACACAUGUUGUUUUAGAACCCUGGCAUUUACUUCUAGAAGGUUUGUCAUCAGAAUUCUUACAGUUGACCACAGACAUCUUAUGUGAUUACUAGCUAAAAAAACAUUCUGUGCGGAUGAAUCUACAAAUGUUUUGUUUAACAGCAUAUUUGACCAUAUUUUCAGGAGUUAUUCCAUCACAGUUUUCCUUUGCCAAAGAUAGAUCAUUUUCAGGCAUGUUGCUCGGAACCCGAAUGUAAGGCCCAUUCUAGAUCUGUAGUGGACCUGACCAAUCUGUAUAGGAAGUCCAGAUGAACCGACUGCUGCUGCUGUGACAUCUUCUGUGUUCAACGCUGUCUCAACGAUACCUACCGGCUCUUUGCUCUUCCUUUCUCCGUGAAGAGAAACCGGCUGGUGUUUCUGGUUGGCUGGUCUGUCGCACUGAGAUUCAAGUGAAGUCACUGUCCUUUUCACUAACCGCCGAUUGUGAGAGAAACUGUGUGGAUUGUUUCACAACUAUCUGGGCUGUUCAGAGACGGAGAGCAUAGAGAAGUCUGUCUACUGGGACUGUCAAUACAUCCGUCAAUCAAACAAUAGACGUAUCGAUCUAUCCAGUGACCGACCUACACUGCUCAGUGUGUCCUCUGUGGACCUCCAUCCAUCCAGACUCGCCCUCUCUCCCACCCCUUCUUGCCCGGGGAAAAAGUGAGGUUGAGUGGGAUGGCUGAGGGGCAUGCUGGGCACCACCCCCAGGUGUUCGUGGUGGACAGCCAGGCGAGCUACACCCCCUUGCCCAGCGGGAGGCACCUCAGGUGGGGAGGGAUCGGCCGGAGAGGCAUUCAGCUCCUGGUGGGUCUUGCGCUGGUCGGGAUCGUCAUGGAAGCCUGCUUUAUCGUGCACUUGUACAACAGGACAGGGGCCCUGAUGAAUGCUCAAUCCUUUAUCCAGAGGAGUGGCUCAGCUCAAGGUCUGACUGGAUCUGAAGAGACCAAUGAGAUUUUAGUCGACCCUACGACGAGGACAAGCCCACCUGAGAUCCAACGGAAACCCUCAGCACACUUGAUAGGCUCCCCCCGGUCAGUGGGUGAGGAUAGUGUCGUUUUGUGGGAAUCAGACAAGGGUCUGUCUGCCUUCACAGAUCAGAUGGACUACAAAGAUGGCCACCUGGUAGCACAGAGGGAAGGGCACUACUAUGUCUACUCCAAAGUGCACUUUGUUGAAGACUGCAUUCUGUUCAAACACAAGGUGAUGUGGAUCACCGAGGGUUACAAAAACAAACCACUUGUGUUGAUGAAAUCUAACAGGUUCCAUUGUACUUCCCAGGAUUCCAGACCAAAGAAGAUUUCUCAUCAGAAUCUUCUGAACAGCUACCUGGGCGGAGUCUUCCAUCUGUUGCCUGGAGACAUCAUCUAUGUAACCGUGGACAACGGGACGCUCCUGAGACUUGGAGCUGAAGAUAAUUUCAUGGGGGCAUUCAUGAUUUAGGAGACGGUGUGUAUUGACACACACACACACGUACAUUUGUCAAUCAGAUUUGUGGGUCAGUUAUAUUAUUUCAAUGUAUAGAUUCUAACCAAGGUGUGUUAUAGAGAAUCACACAAGAAAACAGACUAUUGUUUUUAUAAAGGUAUUUUAAUCUUGAGACAACAUCUGCAGCUAUUACCGUGAAUGCCAUCUCGGCAAAUGGCGGGGAAAAUUCCUUUAAAAAUCCAUUGUCGGCUGUCUAGUGUAGUGUUUCUGAAUCCUGGUCCUGGGGACACAAAGGGGUGCAAAAACCUGCUGAGGAGUUGAUUACUUGAAUGAACUGUGGGAGUGCUACAAACAACAGCACCCACGACCAGGACUGAGAAACACUGGGCUAGUGCUACAAACAACAGCACCCACGACCAGGACUGAGAAACACUGGGCUAGUGCUACAAACAACAGCACCCACGACCAGGACUGAGAAACACUGGGCUAGUGCUACAAACAACAGCACCCACGACCAGGACUGAGAAACACUGGGCUAGUGCUGCAAACAACAGCACCCACGACCAGGACUGAGAAACACUGGGCUAGUGCUACAAACAACAGCACCCACGACCAGGACUGAGAAACACUGGGCUAGUGCUACAAACAACAGCACCCACGACCAGGACUGAGAAACACUGGGCUAGUGCUACAAACAACAGCACCCACGACCAGGACUGAGAAACACUGGGCUAGUGCUACAAACAACAGCACCCACGACCAGGACUGAGAAACACUGGGCUAGUGCUACAAACAACAGCACCCACGACCAGGACUGAGAAACACUGGGCUAGUGCUACAAACAACAGCACCCA